AUGAAUGGACUGGACUUCAAUGAAGUCAUGUUUGUCGAUGACAUCAAGUUAUGGUGAGCGAUCAAAGAAGAAAAUGAUGAACGGGCCCCGCAAGAAGGAGUGAACCGCCUAUGCAAAUGGUCUGAUAAAUGGCUGCUGAAGUUUAACCUUGAGAAGUGGGUCGCGCUGCGACUCAAAACGACUGGAAAAUCCGACGGAGAGGAUCACCAUUAUCUGCUUGGUGGAGGGUGCGUUUCAAAUGUAACCGAACAAAAAGAUCUUGGGAUCAACAUUUUGUCGACCCUUAAGCCUUCCUCUCAGUGCGUUGGGGCGGUCAAAAGGGCAAGCAUCGUUCUCUUUGCCAUUAAACGAACUUUCGUAGACAUAGACACAGAGUUAUUUGGAAAAGUAUACGAAGCGUUCAUUCGUUCGCAUGUGGAAUAUGGCAUCCAAGCGUGGCGCCCGUGGCUAAAAAAAGACAAUAAGUUGCUAGAAAGAGUUCAGAGGAGAGUGACAAAAAUUGUGAAUGGCCUCAGGACUUUACCUUACAACUGCCGACUUAGUGAACUUAAACUCGUUCCUCUUGAGUACAGGCAGAUUCGAGGAGAUCUCGUACAGGCGUAUCGGAUACUGACUGUGCCUGUAGCACGUUUGUAAUACCCGGUAGUUAAAGUCGCGAGGGAACUUGACAAAGCCAGGUAACCGCUCGCCGUUAGCCAGGCAGACCCCCUGCUGCAUCAGGUGUACCUAUUGUUUUUGAUGGGAGGGGACGCAAAGCAAUGAGGUAUUUCAGUUCACUUUUAAGGGAAAAAUAGACGAAUGCCUUUGAAUUCCCUACUAGCUACAGGUUGUCUAAGAAAAGCACCGAUAAAUGAAAAAUUGAAAGAGAGGGAGAUUGUUUAAAUAAUUGCAUGCGAAAAGCGGGGAGUGGAGAAGAGAGAUUACGGUAGAUGCUGCGAAAGUCUACUAUCACUAUAAAUGAAUUCACGCGUAAGUGUGCCUGCUUCACCUUGCUGUGUAGCCCACAGUGGACAUCGUCGGAAUCGACAGUCGAACUGUCGGGGGCGUGCGAAAAGCAGGCAGCAGUCUGCUGGUCUAAAAAACUGCAAAUAUAGACGACUACCGACUAGUUGUAAGUAGUAUACACACGUGUAAUAUGAAUGACCGGUUGUGCGGAUGUGUGUGACUGGUGGUUGGGAGGCUUGCUAUGCGUCGAGUCGACACUUAAAUGAGUCCACACAGGAGGAGAGUCGGGCAGCAAUGGGCAGGGCGUUCCACGCCGAAAGCACUCUGCUACUGAAGAAGAACUUUUCUCCAUUGACGCUUGCUUUAGCUGAGCGUAGUUUUAGGGGAUGUCCGUGCAAACUGGGCGUGUUAGCUUGAGCGAAAAAUAACUGGAGGACAAAGCAACAAUCUAGGCCAUUCAUAGUGCGAAAGGUUAGUAUAAAGCCACCGCUUACUUGCCUGUGGGCAAGGGGAAACAGGUUAAGAGUUGACAGUGCUGGCAGACCUUUUGUCACUUUUGUCGUCCGCCUCCGGACCUUCUCUAAGACGGCAGAACCCUUGACAGUCCAAGGUCUCCAUGCCACUAUGGCGUAUUCUAGAUGAGGGCGCGCGAAGGCGCCAAGAAUUUUGGAAAAGCGUUGUCAAAUUUCAUAGGGGCUCGCCUAACCAGUUGCAAUGUAGACCUGACCAACUUGGCCGCCUUCGUGCAGUUCGGUGUUGGUUUGAGUGAAGAUGUAAUCUGAAAGCCCAAGUCCUUCUGACUUUCACCUCGCUGCACUAGUGUACUGCAAAGAAAGUUAACCCUGGGGAUGGAGGAUCUGCAGCUGCCGAGAUAAAGACAGUUGCACUUACUUGCACUGAUGGGCAUCAGCCAGCGCUUCGACCAGUCCUCGAGCCUGUUCGCGUUUGUUUGCAGAUGGUUUCUGUCUGCCGCAUUGAGAAUAACUUUCCAAAAUUUUAGGUUUUCAGCAAACAGGAUGAUUUUACAGUCUAUGUCCUUGACGCGGUCAUUUAUGAAAACGGGGAAUAACGCGGGGUUUAAGACUGAGCCCUGUGGAACGACCCUCACUACGGUUACCUCUGGGGACUGUUGGUGCCCAACCUGCACGCUUUGGAACCGUCCGGUCAAAAAGCUCUGGAUCCAUACAAGGUGAUUUCCGCGAAACCCAAAGUUGCGCAGUUUGUGCAGCAGACGCUGAUGAGGAACGCUGUCGAAGGCCUUUUUGAAGUCGAUGUAAAUGGUGUGCAUCGUAUUGCCUUCGUCACGCGCUUUGGCGCAGCGUUCAAGUGAAAAGAACAGAUUCGUUAGACAGGACCUGCCACUACGAAGACUGUGUUGGGCAUAGAAGAGGAGGGGAUUCUACUCGAGGAACUGCGCCAACGCUUUCUUAGCGAUUUUCUUCAUGAUUUUGCCUGUGGUUAUUCGCAAACACUCGACCUUCACUCUUAAGUAGCUGAGUAAUGAUGUCGACGCCACUUUCCCUACGCAACUGCCGACUCCCUUCCCUCAACACUCGUCGAAACUCUUGUCCCGUUCAGUGUCUACGUCGGCAUCUUCCAAUUCCCCCUCCUGUGGCUGCCCACAGCGCUUCCUUUCCCAUGGGUUGUUUAGCAGGCAUGCCGGCGUCACAUGCCCAUCCAGCCGGAUCAUUCCCUUGAUGUGGCCCUCAUCUUCCCUUGUGUCAUUCAUUGUUCUUCAUUUUACAAAACUCCUUGUUCCUAGUAUAGUAGGUGCGCUAACUCAUGAAAUGUCAACCGAAUGAUAUAGGCAGAAUGACAUUACCGACAAAGACAAGGGAGACUGGAAUGCCCAUUUCUGGCUUAUCAGCUGUCGUCAGCCAGUCAUACCCAACCCCGAAGUGUGGAACACCCGAGGCUCGAACUCGCGACCUGGUAUUUAGAAGUCCACGCCUCUACCCACUUGGCCACGAUCGGUUUCGAUCGGGAAUAUAUGAUGGUUGGGGGUGGGGUGCUCGCCGAAGACCAGUCGAUCUCUUGCGCAUUGAUGGGAUAGUUUCACGGACAACAGAGUUUCUUUUGCAAUCUUGAGCCUGAGGCUUUGAGGGGUCAAACCGGAUGACGUAGGGGCGGUCAUCCCGCAGUUGGUCGAGGAAAUAGGGGAUUCUGCUUACUAGAUCAUAAUGAAGGCUUCAUGGAUUUUCAGAAAAAGUUCAUUCGUUACAGAAUGCCGACUUGCAUAGAAAGUUAUGGACAUAUCCCGGCUAGCUUCAUAUGACGAAAACUUGAACAGUAGGGAAUAUUGCCCAGAUUUUGCAUAUAAUACUUCCCAGGCAAUAUAAGCAAUAUGCUAGCAGUUUAAGAACUCUCUAGAUAAGGUAUUCCCUGCUUCCUCCUCCAACUUGAUGUAGACUCUAUUGUGUUCCAUUGGGUUUGCUUCCUUUGUUGCUCAAGAUACUUGUAUUUUUUCCGGAAUUUAUCACCCACUGCAUUAUACCAGGUAAUUCCAAGGUGCAUAAUUAGUGCCUCGUUUUUAUUAGACCGUGCCAUCUUUUUAUCCCUCCGCACUUGUCAUUUUCUGGAUCUGUCGUCAUUAGGGCCGUGAAAUUCACUUUGUUGGACGCUAAGGUCAGGUAGUAGUCUUUUACUGUAUUUUAUGGAAAGCUCUCUCAAGCAUUCUCGAUGUCAAAAAUCUGUUGUCAAUGCUCUUUCCAUGAUACAGUUGACGGUAGUCCAGUCAGUGCCCAUUUUUUACUCCCCUACAGACUUUUAGUAUAUUAACCUGAUAGUAACGUUCGAUAUUGGCAGUACUGCAUCCAAAAUCACUUUAUCCUCGACUUCCUUUCUCUGCCCAGUUAACUGUUCUUACAAUUACCUAGUUUCCAGGCUUUUACUUUAAAAACGAACCGCUUAAGACAAAUGUUUAGUAGAUGAAUUGAGUAGGAAGCGAUAUCGGGACAGACCUCAUUCCGGAAUGGCAUUUAAAGACACACAUCUGCCAUCCAGCCAGCCCUGAGGUUCAAGGCAUUGAAAAGGAGUGACUGACGCGUCACAAAGUAUCAAUUAUCUCGGAAAGACUGUUUAGGGAUCAUUACGCGACUUCGUUUCUUCUGCUUCCUGAUUUCGUAUAAGGGGUUGCAGAAAGGAAUAACACGGAAACUGAUGAAGGAGAUUAGCAACUCGUGAAAGCAAGUCACUGCAAGAAUUGUAUUCGUAAACCCACUGAGAACAUGGAGCCCAGGGAUACCAUACUACAGUUUUAUCAGUAGAGCGAAUGGACGCGGCAGUUAGCGGAAUCUGCGUAAGGUAUGGAAAAACUCACAAUUCUGCCACACGUUUGUUUUAACACUCCACCGAGGAACCGGAACGGACAGUGCGAGUUGAAAGAUGCUAAUCAGGGACGUGCGAACGGGUGGGAAAAGGGCCAUCAAAGGCUAUUGAUUAAAGAAAGUCGAAUUCGGUAAAACGAUAUGUGUUGGGUAAGCUUGAUCUUAACCUCAACCAUAGCCCCAACCCUACCCUUUUUCCUAACCUUAAUCUUCAGUCUCGUCAUGACCUGAAACCUAGCUUUACCUUUCAUCAUAUAUUUUAUCAUUUCCACAACCCUGGCCAGGAACGUAACCUAGCUUAGCAUGCCUACCGAUAUAUAAUAACUAGGCAUAAUGUCACAAGUAAAACAGUGUAUUUGCGUAUUCGAUGCUCGCCCAUGUCACAUUACGAGCGCCCCAUACCUUGCCUAACUGUGAGUCCAAAACAAAGGAACCUAACGCGCUGGGUGGGAUGAUUGAGAAUGCCCUAGGGAAUCCGGCAAUUCGAAAGACUGUUUACUUGGUGGCAGGUUCACCAGACAAAAUCCACUCAAUGGCAGUCUCGCGUGUGUCUCCUAAACUUUCAUGAUCUCCUCAAACUGUUUACAACGGACCACCCCCGUGGUCACUCAUUUAAACCGCACAGGGGCUGACCCCUAGGGGCGUCCAAUGGCACGCCAUCUCGUAGCGCUCGAUGGAGCCUGAAACGGACUUUCUGCUGCUUUGGUGCUUUCAGAAAAUUUUUAGGCAUUCAAAUGCAGACUAAAUACUCAUUCGUAAAGAAACAAUGUUUGUGUAGUCCAGAUUAUAUUGGGGACGGCAAUCUGUGCCCUGCUUACACACAUCGACGACUUGCUCUGUUACAUUUACACUACUCAAAUGAACACGCACCUUCGAGAAUUCCUGAUGUAAACAUUGGUAUGAUUAAUUUUUCGGACACGGAGAGACUUGAACCCUAGACUUCAUCCUGACAAAAUGAUGGGCGAACACCGUUGAGCACUGAAUGACAACGUGCCCUUAAACAACCAAGAUAUACUGUUGCGUCUUGACGCGGUAAGCACAUGUUAAUGCCACCUUAAAAAAUUUUAACAUGGUUUUCGGUGAGGACGUUCCAUUCUGUCUAAACUGCUGACUCCUCUGGAGGCUGGAUCAGUAAUUUAGAAGGGGGUUUCGAUUUAUGUAAAGCCAUCGACAACGUCCCACAUCAAUGCCUUUUACGUGGACUGAGCGUCCUUGAGAUCAAGAAGAGAACCCUGACUUAGGUGGGGAAGUUUCGGGUUUGUUAAAAAACGCGUCUGUAUCGGAGAGGACAAGUUGGACUGGGUGAACGUGAGUUGUGGCAUUCCUUAAGACUCAGUUCUCCGGUCCUCACUUUUCGAGAGCCUUCAUGAACUCAACUGUAGCAAGAUCCUGUUCGUCAGUGUCGUUAACUUCUGGGAAGUCAUGAAGGACCCGAAUGGCCAGAUAGUUUUUCAAAGUAAUCUGCAUCAAAUAAAGACAUGGUCUGAAUGAUGACUUCUGAAUUUCAGUGUACGAAAGUGAGCUGUCCUCCACCUGCGUCCAACCAACCAUCACCCGCAAUGUCUAUUCCCUGAGAUACAUCCACCUUACCAUAGAACCGUCACAGAACAAUUUCGGUGUUUGAAAACCAGUACUGCAACGCUUCAAGUCUGCGAAAUCAUCAAGAGGUGCAGCAGAUGUCAAAAGGACUUUUUGUAGAUUGCGAUGAGUACUUUCUUGGGAUAUUUAACGGCAACUUAGUUCGACCUCACAUAGAAUAUGAAAUACAGGCGCGGCGGUCAUGGUUGGCAAAGGGGCAAAGAUGCCUGAAGAAAACGCAACGUCUAACGACAACUCGAGUGAAAGUGUAAAAUACUGAUCUGAUCCAGAAAGGAUGAUGUGCCUUAUAGAAUGCACUCCGUAGUACAUGCAGCAAAGGGAUGUUCUUGUCUUCGUUUACAUGAUGGCCCUGAACAAGGACUGCCAUUUGAUGACUUGUUUCGAUGACAGCUUUGUCGCAUCUUCGUGAGCCUGACAGUUCGAGCGUCGUGCCCGACGAUGUUCACAAUGCGCUGCACGACAAGGUGAAGCGGGUCCCGCGUUAAGACGCAGCCAAGAAGACCGGAGGUGAGAGAGGACGCGGGUGGCUGACACGGCCGGACCCCACCUAGGCGUAUCACCCGGUCGAUAGCAAACGCCUGACCAGGACUUGGACCAUAAACACCAGCACCACAGCAGGUCAGGAAGGCGACGAGGAUGACUGAGCAGCCACGCUCGUGACCUGUAUACCCAUCGGGAGUGCAAAUGCGUCUAAAGGCGGGGAACUAGAUGCCAUAGAGCUGCCAGCACACGCCAGACUGCGAUAGUAAUGGUUUGCUGAUCCUCGCAUAGCAUACGCUUACAAUCCCAGGGACGCAGAAGGGUGACAAGCGGCCCUACAUUUGCCUGGGCCAUCACUCCUCAAAGGCUAGGUAACCAAUCAGUCAUCGGCCGAGAAGAACCACCCAUGUACACACACACCCCUCACCUGCAUGAGAGUGCCAGGGGUCACAUUGGGGAGCCGUUGCAGCCUGACUCUCAGCCCACCAGUCCGCCAUUACACACACAUAUAGCAGACUGUGGACCGAGUCCAGACACCAGUCGGCAGCCUUGCAAGCCACCGCGCUUGGCGCUUGCAAUGACUUAAGAGAAUUCUUCAAUGUGUCCAUGUAGCGUCGUUUUGGUCCUCCCGGUCGGCGAGCACCGGUGGUGGCAUCUUCGUCGAAUAAUUGUUUCGGUAGACGUGUACCUCCCGUCCUUACGCGAUGGCUGCCCCAACGUAGUUGACAUUGUCUUAGCAUGCCGUGGAUGCUGAGGUUUCCGGUUCGUUCUUAAAGUCCCGUGUUGGGGAUACUGUCUUGCCAUCUGAGGUUAAGAAUUCUGCUGUCGUCAGGACGACGGCCUUGUACAUCUUUGAUUGGGUGUUCAGUUAAAGAUAGUCGCGGUUCCACACAAUGUUCUGCAGCUGACCAAGUUCUUGGCUGGCUUUGAAGAUCCGAUGGGCCAUUUUGUCGUCGAUUUCGAUGCAGUGUGGCAUUGCACUGCCUAGGUAGUUGACAAUAUCUACGGCCUUCAGUUUGGUGCGUUGACGUGGUUUCGAGGGCACUGAUGGCUGCUGAUGCGUGAUCACCGUACUGUCCGCAUUGGUGGUCAGUCCAAGUGGACGCAGCCGAAGACGAGGAGGUCCAUCCUCUGUUACACGUCUUCUUCAGUCGUACUGUCGAAUGCGCAGAGCAGAUCGUGAAUAGUAGUUGUGGAGAUACCCUUCGGGGCCCGCAUUCACCGGCUGUUGAGAGGAUCCCUGUCGGUCAUGUAGUCGAUGCUAGUCCCGGGGCGUUCAUCAUAGUAGGUGUCCAUCAGCAUGACAGGGAACAUGAGACUGAAGAGGGUGGUUACGAGUACGCACUCCUGCUUCACUUUGCUGGUCACUGCGAACGCCCCGGAGAUUGUGCCGUUGUCCGUGACGCAUGCUAUCAUCUCAUCGUGGGACUGACGUUCCAGGUGCGUAAAUCGCUCGGGGCAGCGGAACUUUUGCAUGAUUCUCCACAGCCCAUCGUGAUUCACCGUGUCGAAGGCUUUCAUCAGAGCCACGAAAGUGGUAUAGAGGUGCGGCCGCAUUUACUGUCACGUAUUUUGUAGCCGGUGGACGCAAAGAUCAUACUGGUGGCGUCGAAAAUCACAUUGGCUUUCCGGCAGGAGACUUUGCUCUAAGUAGCCGUUUAGGACAGCUAAGGAGUAUGCGAACGAAGAUCGUUCAGGCGGUUUUGAGUGGCGAGACGCUUCUGUGGGUGUCGCAGAUUUGCCGGUUCCAUUUGCGCUUGUACAGAUUGACGAUGAUUGCGUCCUUGAAAUUCUGCAGAACAUCUCCUGCCAUACCGCCGCGAUUUGGUCUGUCAGUCGGCGGCCGCUCGGCUUGUAGAUUUCAGCUGGGAUUGCAUCGGAGUUUGGCGCUUUCCUGCUGGAGAGUUGCUGCACAACACAGAUGGUUUUUUUAGGAAAGAGGGUGAGGUAUCCAGGUCAAUGUUGAUUUCCACUUGGAGGAGCAGGUCAAUAGCGGCGUCGGAGAUUCAGAAUCUGCAUCUUCUCCAUCAGAAACGUUUAUACGUUGGAGUUGAGGAGCGGCGCGAUUGCCUUCGUUGGGAAGGGGGCGUUGAUCACCUUGAUCGCAACGAAGAAGUUCUUUGACUCGUUGUGGUCGAAAUAUUCCUGAAUAUCCUUGGACUUGCGAGUCAUCCAGAUGUCCUGUAUUUCCUGUAACCGUUGCUGCGCGAGGCGGAAAAAUUAGUAAAAGGCCGCUUUGUUCGCGUUGGUUGAACGAUCGGGGUAGGCUGUCUGCAGCCUGUUCCUCUCGCCGAGCAGGCAGUUGAUGGUUGCUUCACUGUCAUUGAACCAGUCCUGGUGCAGACGACGUGAGCGGCCGAGAACAGCCAGGGCAGUUAAACGAACGGCGUCCCGCAGUAGUCAUCAUCGAGUCUCUUUGGAAGCGUUUUUAUCUGUAGCCGGCGGUUCUUCCAGUCGCUGGGUCGGUUGAUCGUAGAAGUGCAAACGGUGAGUGGACAAAAACAAAAAAAACAAUAUUCAGCUUAUCUAGAGGUCGCUUAACUUGUGGCCCCUUCGCGAGGUUGCAGGUAGAGUCUCGUCUUGGUGAUAAAAAGGCGGUGGCCCGUCCAGCCAUCAGCGUUACAGAUCACCUUGAUCAACAUCACGCCAUGCCAAUCUCGCUGCCGAACGAGAACCUAGUCCAGCAGCUGCCAAAGCCGCAAUUGGGGUUACAUCCAAGUGGCUUCCUUUCGCAUCGGCAGGCGGAAGAAGGUGUUGGUCAGCAGGAGGCGAUGUUCAGCGCGGGUUCGCUGCAGGAGGAAGCCAUUUUCGUUUCAACCGGCGAUUUCGUUAGGGUCCAAAGCUCCUCUGCAGGCAGCAUGGUCUGUGCCGACGCUGGCGUUAAAGUCACCAAGGACAUCAAUUUAUCCGCCUUCGGCACUGACGCCAGGAGGGCGUGCAAAUCUACGUAG